UCGAAAUGGUGCGACUGCCCCCGUUCUUCACUACAAGCCAUUUGCAUGAGAAGUGGGCAGCAUUAUCAUGAUUAUGGAGCAGCAUUGAACGUCAAGAAAGCAACACUGAUCCCAACCCGAAAGCUACCAAAACGGCAGUAAAACCGAAGCAAGAUGAAGGUUCUACUAUUCGUUCUUCUUGCGACCAUCGUCGCCUCGCAGAAAAUAGCCCCGUUGCUAAAAGUUGCCGAUGCUAUUCCCGGACGUUACAUCGUCAAAAUCAAGGAAGGACACAAGAUUGAUGAUGUCAGGAUGAAAUUGUCUGGUGCAAACAUAACUCGCAAGUACAGCAAAGUAUUCAAUGGGUUUGCAGCCGAUCUCGGCGAUUCUUUAGUUGAAUGGCUCCGUGAAUCAGAAGCCGUUGAGUUCAUCGAACAGGACGGUGUAGUUCGGGCUAGCUCCGUAGCAUCAUGGGGUCUCGAUCGCAUUGACCAGCUCGAUCUCCCGCUUGAUGACAUCUACCAGUCCGAUAUUGGUGCCGGUAGUGAGGUAGAUGUCUACGUCCUCGAUACAGGAAUCAACUUAAACCAUACAGACUGGGAGGGCCGAGCGUCGUAUGGCAAGGAUACAGUCAACGGAGACUUUGACUCUGAGGAUUGCAACGGACAUGGAUCUCACUGCGCAGGUACUCUUGGAGGAACUCAGUACGGUGUCGCCAAAGCGGUGAAUCUCAUUGGAGUUCGUGUUCUUAACUGCAAUGGAAUAGCUCCAAUUUCCGUAAUUAUUGAAGGUUGUGAGUGGGUAAUAGGUGAUGUCACAGAGCACCCUCAGAGGCCAGCGGUAGCUUCCAUGUCGAUCGGAGCUGAUUUUAGCAGAUCAUUCAAUGAUGCUGUCAUUGCGAUGAUUGACGCUAAUAUCACAGUGGUUGUAGCGGCCGGAAAUGACAACGACUACGCCUGUUCGUAUUCCCCUGGAGGAGUUCUGCAGGCAAUCACAGUCGGAGCUACAGAUGUCAAUGACGCCAGAGCUUCUUUCUCAAACUAUGGCUACUGUGUGGAUAUCUUUGCACCUGGUGAGGAUAUUACGUCAGCAUGGUACGGUGCACAUGAUGCCAGUGAGACGAUCAGUGGUACCUCGAUGGCUUGCCCGCAUGUAGCAGGUGCUGCAGCAGCUUUACUUGGUGCUAACCCAAACCUCUUGCCCUCUGAAGUGAAGGAUACGCUUCAACUCAAAGCUGUGGCAGAUAAAGUAUCGGACGCAAAAGAAGGAUCUCCAAACUUACUCCUCUAUGUAGGGAAGGGGUCGGGAGGGGGCUACAUCCACGCAGGUUGCAAUCAGGUACUUAAUUCACCUUCUGGGACGGUCAUUAGCCCGUAUUAUCCCAAUUUUUAUACUGACAACAUGAACUGCGAAUACCUAUUGACGACGACCAAUGAGAAUGAAGUCAUCUCUCUUUCCUUUGAUACAUUCGACAUCGAGAGCCAUGCCGAAUGUUCGUACGAUUCACUGACGAUUUACGAUGGAGCGAGCGUAGAGGAUCCAGUGCUAUAUGUUUUAUGCGGCAAUACUCUUCCUGAUGCCUUCAUGAGUACUGGUAGUAGUUUGCUUCUUGUUUUCAGAAGUGAUAACUCUGUCCAAAAGAGAGGCUUCUCUGCGUCCUACCAAAGUUUACAGAUCGGAGUUUGUGGCAGCACUAUCAGCUCUGCAACAAGUCUCUUGACGUCGCCAAACUACCCUGAUACAUAUGGAAACAAUGCUGAUUGUUCUUUCACCAUCCACGCCCCUGUCGGUCAGACUAUCACUCUAUCUUUCGACGACAUCGAUAUAGAAGAUCAUGUUUCAUGCAGUGCAGAUGCAGUAGAGGUUCAUGAUGGUGAUAUGCAUGGUCCUUACCUUGAAAAAGUGUGUGGAAACACGAUCCCUACACCAAUAACUUCCACCAAGAACUCCAUGUAUGUAAGGUUUAUCAGCGACAAUUCAAUUACUAGGUCAGGAUUCAAGGCACUCGCCACUACCCAGUAAGGGUGUAGACACGGCCCGACUGGAUCAUAACAGCAUUAUCAUUAUCAUGAUGAGUAAUAUUUUAUUGAUAUAUGUUUUGAUAUGAAUGUGCAGUUUUACUUAAACAUUAUUAGAUUGGUUAUUUUUACAAAGCCCUGUGGGCGAAAAUUCUUUAAAAGGGCUGUCCAAGGAAUAUUCGUUGAAAUAUUUGAGCAGAUCUUUUGACUUUAUUUCAAAAGCUGCUAUUAUGUUGUUAGCCACACAAAAUUCUGAUAUCGAAAGAUUACCCGGAAAAAUGAAAAGAUCAUUCUGAACAAAUCGAAUAAAAUAUUGGCCUAUAAAAGAAACAAUAUCAAAAUGGGAAUAAUUCUUGGCAUAUUAUGUCAAGGAAUUAUUCCCAUUUUGAUAUUGUCCGAAUUUAGUGAAGAGACAUUACUUACUUGAUUGUAUUUUAAAUACAACUGGAACGUCAAUCAUUAAACAUCUAACAGGUACUUUUGUUUUAAGUUUGUCAUGCAGUCUAGAAUACCUGGGUGUUUUUUGCUGUUGAGUGUCGUUACCAUGGAAAUAAUACCAAUGGAUGGUAGGUUAACGUACUACUUAGUCGUAUUCAACAGGCUCCAAAAGGUCAGUUAUGGUAAUAUAUCUGAAGGAUACAUUGCUUUAAGGCAGUGGCAAUAAACUACUUAAAAUGAAGAACUUGAUUUGUGAAAUUUUUAGAGUGCUUUCAUGACGAGGCAUUUAUGUUUUUCCUAUUAAUCGAAAAUUCACUGGUGAUUAUGUUUCCCAUGUGCUCGUAUGGACAACAUACCAAAAUUAAAAUGAUUAUUUUUUUUUAAUAAAUAUAAAGUAAUGCA